AUGUGUAGAAGCUUUUUGUGGAAAAAGAAAGAUGGGAAUGCAGGUAUUCAUUAUGCCUCAUGGGAUAGGCUUUGCAAGACCAAGGAGGAAGGAGGUAGAGGCUUAUUCUCAGCUGUGUCAAGAAUAGGUCCUCUACGGGCCAAGCUGGCAUGGAAUUUCUGUAUGAAGCCAUCAACUUUGCUGAACCAAAUUUUAAGAGCUAAGUAUGGAGAAGAUGUCUGGAUUACUCCAAUGAAAAGAGAUUUGUCACCAACGUGGAAGAUCAUCACCAUGGGAGCUCAUUAUCUUAGAAACAUUAUUAGGUGGGAUGUUUAUAAUGGAAAUUCGAUCAAUUGGAUGUUUGAUAGAAAGUCAAGUGCUGCUUUGGCAUUUCAAGCAAUGUAUGAUAAAAAUGGAGGUAGUGCUAUAUGGAAUUGGAUGAAAAAAUUAAAAUUAAUACCGAAGGUUGAGCUUUUUUGGUGGAGGCUGUAUAAUGAUGCCAUUCAUUCUAAUGAUUUUCUAGUUAGAAGGAAAGUGAGUAACUUCUCAGGUUGCCCGAGGGGAUGUAAAGAAGAUGAGAACGAUUGGCAUAUUACAGGAAAUUGCGUGAAGCUACAUGAAGUGAUUUCAAUGCUCAAUAGCUGGGGCUUCAAAAUUCUUAUUUUUUACAAUCUACAUGAAUGUUUGGAAGUUUUAAAGAAGCUUGUAGGAAAGAAUUCUCUCACUGCUAAUAUGUAUUGUACUACUACUUGGCUUGUGUGGAAAAGCAGAUGUAAAUUGAUUCAUGAUGGCAUUGAAGACUCAAUCAAUUCUUUGGUAGCAAAUGUGGUCUCUACAGCUACAGUCAGCAAUUUUAUUAAUCAUAUACUAGAAAAAUUGGAUACUAACCAGCGAAAGCUGUCUUGCUCUUGGUAUCCUCCCCCACCCGGGAGGAUUAAAUUAAAUGUAGAUGCUUCUAUUUUAUCAAAUAAUGUUGCUGUAUUUGGUGGUGUUGUAAGAGAUGAGAAAGGAAGAUUUCUUAUAGCUUUCGGUGUAAAUAUUAUGCAUUGGGACAUUGCUCAAAUUGAAUUGUUGGCGGUUCUCUAUUUGAAGAAUAUCAUCCGUGACUGGAUGUUUGAAGCUCAAGGAAUCAUAAUUGAAGGAGAUAACUAUAAUAUUAUAGAACUUCUUCAAUCAGCUUUGAAGACUUGGAAGGGUUUAAUCUGCAUAACCAGUCAACCGUUAAACUUUCCUCGCCAAUCUGACGACGUCGAGUGGAAAGAGCAUGGCUGA